UCUGUUUAAACCUAACAACUAACAGUGUAAUGAGCAUUGAGCAGUCGUCAGUCAGCUGGUGGUUCUCAUUGUUGAUUGUACUCUCCACUCCGCUCCUCCGGCCUGUAGUGAUUCGUUUUCCCAACUAGUUACAUUUAUUAUUAAGAAUGGCAUCAACAGUCACAGAUGUCGAAAACUCCAAUACCCAAUUAGGAGCUAUGAUGAAGCCGAAUCAGGACAUCAAUGCCCCAAGGACAUCACAGACCAAAAUUGGGCUGUCUGAAGUUGGCCACACCAGCCAACGAUCAUUUGGUGAUAUUAGUAAUAAAGUUCGGAGUUCUGUUAAGAAAAUUAAAGAUCAGAACACCUCGGCAGAAAAAUUGCAUAAAACUUUCUCUCUUGCCAAAGAGGAAUCCAUACCAUCACCUGAAUUCUUCCCAGAAAUUGUGGAAACGGAAGAUUACUAUGAUAUCAUCCCUCCAGCACACCGGUUAACAGACCAGGAGCUCUCAAACUUUGUACAGUUCUGGAAAGUGAGUCAUGAGCCUAAAAUUAGUGAACUUGACUUCAUGGAUUCUCCAGUUAAAUCCAAAGAAGAUCUUGCAUUAAUGAGCCCAAUUAAAGAAAAGAUGACACCUGUCUGCUUAAGUCCGCUGUUUGAUCAUGUGUUGGACCUGCCGCCACCACCAUGGGAGUGAAUACUGCUUUGUGUGAUGCAGUGAAGGUCAAGUACAAGGCAAACAAGACAUUUCGUCAGUGUCAUUUGUAGUUGAUUUAGUAUACAGUAUAAACAAUAUAUUUCCUAAGUGGAUAUGGUGUCCCUAUACACAAUACUUUGAAUUGCCUAAUCUGUAUUUGAUGCUUGAGAAAUACCUGAGUAAUAUAAAAAUCUGACUAUAUCCUGUGUAGUAUAUCCUCAGUUUUAAUAUGGUACAGUUUUGGAAGAUUUCCUUUUACUGGUAGGCAUUUUUAUGAUGCAAUAACUCUAUUAGAUGAAAUUUAUAAUGUGUAAAUUUAAUUUUGAUAUAACUUGUAGUAAUUAGGCUUAGAAGGGUUAAGUAUGUAGCUAAUGCAGGUGUUGAAUAAGGAGGUCAGUGUCUUGGAAUCUGUUUGCCUAACCCAUUCUAAAUGUGUUUAUUAAGGAGAUGCAGUUUUUCAGUUAAAACAAACUAUAAGUACAGUAUUAAAAGAUGAUUUGGAUAUUAGCUAAAGGGUUAAUGUAUUGUGAAAGGAAGAGUUUUAAAACAUUAACUAUCAUGAGGUGAACAAUCUGAACAAUUUUGUGUGAAUCAUGGUCUUUAAAAUGAGGUAACAUGGUGCAUCGUGCUCAUACAGUACAGUACAGGUAUGUGGUUUAGUUGCAAGUAAAUGUGCUUGACGAAGAUUAUUAUAUGGACAACGAGGAAAGUGUCUUCUAUACGUUUCCGAUCUGAUUUUAAUAACAUAUACCUUGUACUGUAUUGUAAAACACAUUUAAAUGCAAAAAAUACCUGGUAUUUGUUUUCUUGUUAUUUUAGUCGGAAAUCGUUUUCUUAAUACAGUACAGUAAUGCCUUUUAAGGCGAUUUUUCGCUUGUGAUAUAUAGGGUAGUGCUUUUUAGCCAAUUAAUCAUUAAAAUUUAAGUCACACAUGCAGCAUGGAGAUAUGAAUAUUUUUAUAGAGAUAAAUAUGUACGUUUUCUUAUUGUAAAUUUUGUAGCAUGUUUCUGAAGCAUUGUAUAAUUAUGAAUAAAAGAUUUUAUUUUA